AUGGGGAGAAUUAAGAAGGUAGCUAGCCAAAAGCAUGAGGCUACAAUCUCACCUUUUUUGCAAGAAUUCAUAUCGCGCGCCACAAGUAUUCCCGUUCCAGAGCUCCCGUCGCUUCUCAACACAUUCCCCAAGCUAUGGCCGUUCCCACGCGGUGAUCUCUACCAUUGGAUCCAGGUCCUGGACCGAUUCGAUGAGAUCCUGGCCUCAGCCGUGGAGAAAUAUUUCCUGAAUACUGGCCCUCAGACCCAGCUGUUCACUCGAAGUGUUUUGGAGGAAUCAUACUCGGCUGACGAGAAUCAGAAACCCGCAGAGGGUGUUGAUGCCAAACUGAAUGCCCUGGGAUACGGCCCUGAUGGAGAUAGAGAGCUUGUGGAAGCAGUUCUUGAUUUCUCUCGUCUUUUGCUCGAUAAAUGUGGGAAUCGCAGCCUGUACAGCAGCAGCGACCGUCUGGGUGAUCUGUUGAAUACCACCUCACUCUCUCUCCUACAAUCUACAUUGCGGCUGUCUCUUUGCUUAGCCCAACGGUACCACUCUCGUCAGCGUGGCACUCAUCAGCAGUCCGUACUACAGUCCCACUAUGCUCUUGACCUCGAAAAGUUGCAGAAGAUCGCAGCACCUUUCCCCCGUCCAGUCAUCGCUAGUAAAACGCCGUUUGCCGCAUCUCCCGCCGUUUUAACCAAGGGGAAGGAAAAUACAGCCCAGACUAAAAUCAACGCCAAUGAACUGGUUUCCCUCGUGCGUGAUACCGACGGCUGGGAAGAAUGGGGAGAUGUCCGAGUUCUCUACUAUCCCUCGAGUCCCGAACAGGCCAGAACGGCAUCCGAUUUUGGCCAGACAGAGCACUCUCACGUUCCAACCACGCCAACCCCAUUGCGACGUAGUGCAACACACCCAACUCCUCAUUCCAACCUGGGCUCGAAUGGAGAUGAAUCACCGGCUGCCGUCGGUGGGAAGGCAGAAGAGGCCACGCGAGCGGGCAAAGUGCUAGAGCUUCCCCAUUCAAAAAUUUCAACCGCAAAGGUGGAAGACCUUCUUGCAGCUAACUUGCCUCAUCUACCCCUCGAAUCAAAAUAUGAGCUGCUUCAAAAGCUCCGAGUGGCAAAGGCGUUGACAGAGUCGCGUGCCACGCGAGAACAGAUUCUUUCCAUCAAAGCACUGGCAGUCACCAACCUGGCCCAUGUCCAGCCCGAGAGUACCUUCCAAUCAAAGGUUCUUCAAUCGGACCUGGAACAACCGAAGCGUCUGCAACUUGCUUAUCAGCUUGCUGAAGUGGUUCAUCUCGGUGCCAGUGGUGACCUCGAGGUCUCCCGGUCUGUCCAAACUUUGGCGAUCCAGACUCUGGAUGCGUUGGCCAAGCACAAGGCUCGUGCUGUUGACGUCUGUGCAGCUUUGAGCGUCAAUGUAAAUCACGGUAUUCUUAUGUUCUUGACCCGUAAAAUGGUCAAUGAACUAGGCCCUGAGAACAAUGAUCCGGAUGAUGCCUACUUCGAUGAGUGGCGAGAUGCUUUGCUUGCACUCCUGCGCACUCUCCCAAGCUCGAGCACACGUACACCGGAGACUCUGGUUGCAGCCGGUCUGAUUCCCAUGUUUGUUGAUAUUUUGAAUCUGCGGACUGAAAAAUCCCGCCGAGUCUAUUCCCGAAUUAUGGAGUUCCUUGACACAUUUGUGCACGCGGUUCGCGAUGCACUGGGUACAUUGACAACAGCAAAGGGCUUCGACGCCAUGUCUGAUUUGAUUGACCAUGAGACCAAGACCGCGUUUGAGAAAGUCAAUCGCGGGGAUGGAUUCCCUGCUCAAUACAAGAAUCCUUCGGUUGACUAUCAAAUCCCUUACUUCCAGCAGCAGACUCUGCGCUGGAUGUUCCGUUUUGUCAACCAUAUCAUGCAGCACAAUGGCGGAGGCUUCGACCGAGUUCUGCGAAACUUGAUCGAUUCGCCUCAGCUGUUGACUUCUCUUCGCCUUGUGUUCGAGAAUGCUCGUGUGUUUGGCUCGCAUGUUUGGAGCAAUGCUGUCAAUAUUCUCAGCAGCUUCAUCCACAACGAGCCUACUAGUUAUGCUGUCAUCGCCGAGGCUGGCCUCAGCAAGAGCCUUCUUGCUGCUGUGAUGGGCCGUGAACUUCAGGUGCGGGAGAAGCCGGCGGUCGUUGAGCUCGAAGACCGCGAGACCGAGGCCCAGACCGAAGCCGAACCGGCUACUCAACCGCCCAGCGCCGAAGCCGCCACCCAGUCCGAGGAAAAGCAGAAAGAUCGCGAGUAUGCCAUCGUUAGACCCCAGAAUACACCUCUCGCACCUGGCAUCAUGCCCGCCGCUGAUGCUCUUGCUUGUAUCCCUGGUGCGUUUGGAGCCAUCUGCUUGAACUCCUCUGGUUUGGACCUCUUCCAGUCCUCCGAUGCACUGGAAAGCUUCUUCGAGAUCUUUGAGAACCCUGAGCAUGUCAAGUGCCUGAAGGAUGACCCAGAACUGGUUCGUUCGCUGGGAACGACUUUUGACGAGCUUGUUCGACACCACCCGGCAUUGAAGACCUCUAUUAUGUCUGCUGUUCUCGUAAUGGCUGCUCGCGUCAACAUUCUGGGGCGAGUCAAGGCAUGGGAGCUAGGUAUGGGCACGAAGAUGUGGACUGAAGACGCCGACGGCAAAGCAACUCUUUCAGGAGAUGUCUUUUCAUUGUUCCGAGAAAUCGGCACAGCCGUUGAUGCGUCUAUAGACGACCCUGCCUCGUUUGGUGCUCCCCAGCUCAAUGUGAACACUCUUCCUAACGGCGCUAAGCUUGUCGUUGGUCAUCUGGAUCAUGUUCUUCCUUCGCCGGGCCCCGACUUCGAGCCUAAAGAUAAGGAUGAUCAUGGUCUUUCAGCUACGGACUACCUGUUCCCAGCGUUGCGAUUCCUAGGUGCUUUCUUCGAGAAUCAGACAAACUGCACAUCCUUCAUCCUGGCCGGCGGCACAGAGUUCUUGUUAGAUCUUGCGACUCUCCAAAGCUUGGCAUUUGAUUUCCAUAGCACCAACGCCAACCAAGAGAUUACUGUCCUUGUUCACAUGCUUGCGGAAACGAAGCCUCACCUUGUCCUCCCAUCUCUCGUUCGACGCGCACAGGCAGCAGUGGACAAUCUGUCGGCCUUUUGGACUGCGCCCACUGGAUCGGGAUUCUUUACAGAAUUGAUUAAGCCAGCAGACUCUAAAAAGCCGGCUCUUGAGCCUACAGCGGCUGCUAAAUCUGGCACAUUCUUCGUGAGGCACUUGAAUGCCGUUCUUCUCCUCACCGACGUCCUUCGCGAGGUUUUCGCGUCGCCACUGUACCAAACUCGACCUGGUCAGUCUACCUCCAUCUUUGGCCAAGCCAACCUUGCGGACCACUACUGUUCCCUGAUCUCUUCAUUGAGCAACCUUCUUGCUUCUUGCGUGUGGGAAGGAAUUUUGCUGGAGAAGAACAUCCCCGAGAAGUGGCUCAAAGCCACACAGGCCUCUGCUGAAAAGCAAGGCUCUGGAAAGUCGAAGGCUGCUCCGGUUACUGGGAACCCCCAGGAGCCUUCAGCAAUGCCUGGCGCUGAUCCUCAACGGGAGGGCACUGGUGCACCAGAGACUGCCCCGGCUCAGCCAGGCCAGAGUCUGAAGGAAGACGACACCGAAGUCGAUGAGCAAAGUCCUGCCUUCAAGAAUGCGCGUACGCUUCGCUACCUCCUAAGCGCUCUGCCAACCUCGAUUACGGGCUUCUUGCACAACCUCGGACUCGGUAUUAUCGGCAAGAGACGCACAGAUCCGCUGCAGAAACAGAAGGCGAAUGCUAUUAUGGUAUCAGACGCCAUUGCUGCAGGUGUUCUUCGCCAACUGCAGUUUAACCCUGCCAAUUCGAGUGACAGCCCUAAGCACCGGUUCGCGUAUCUCAUUGUUAUUCUUUCUCACUUCUCGCACCUCCUCUAUGAAGUCUCGGCAGACCGUCCUAGUCCGAACUACUUGACUUCAGUUCUUGUUUCAUUCAAUAAAAACAACGGCCUUAAAGUGUUGAAAGACAUCUGUGAUGUCUUCUUGGCUGACAUCAAGUCCCUCCCAUCUGCGGAGUCCAUCCCCGACCAGGACAAAGAGCUUGCUGACCGGCUUGCAUCCGGGUAUGGUGGAAUUAAGAUCAUUCUUGGGUUAUUCGCAGACCUCACUGCUGGGAAAUUCAUCGUGGACUCUAGCCAGACACAAGCCUUGACUUCUCACCCUGAACGUGACCGAGACCGUCCCGAUUACUUCCAGCCAGGUCAACUCCUGGUAGAACUUCGCAUGGAGAUUUUGCCCAUGGCCAAAGACAUGUGGAACUCUGACUUUGCAACCCAGUCAUCGAGUCCGAUUGUCCGAUUGUUGAUUGAUAUUAUGCGGUGCUCCUUGGAUGGUGAAUACGAGGCCGGUGCGGCUCGUAAAGCAGAUACCCCGCCCCUCUUGGUAGAUAUGCCCAAGAAACCAUUCGUUGUCCACACGGAACGAGCAACUGCCUUGCUUGAGAAAGGGUACAUGGAUGUUGAUCUUAACAAAGAAGCCCUUUAUCGUUGUAACAAUCUUUUGGUGGCGGCCGAAGAAUACUGCAAAGCGCAGCAGUGGCUACGAGCCCCUCCCAGAAUCCCCCCGGGUCCCGGCGAUAUCAAAACUGGAGUACCCGAGUCUGCUUCUGGCAUCGACUCCCUCGAGGAUCAGGGUAUUGGAGAGGUUCAACCUUUCCAUGGCGCUAAUGCACUCUUAGACCACCGCUCUGCAGCACUACAAUUGCUUCUAGCUCAAGCCACCGGACGGCCCGUGCCUGAUGCAUUACAACGUCCUCCUGUCCCCGGAGGUGAUAUUGACUCUGACAUGCACGAUGGGUUGGCUAGAGCUCUGGACAAUGUUCUCAACGACAAUGAUGAUAUGGAUAGCGAUGACCAAGGCGAGUCAUCGAACCAGCGUCGACCCGAGAGUCGUAAUAUCGGGGCAAGCUCUUCUGAACCUACCGGGGCAUCCCAGGGAGAACCGGCCAAGCGUCGCCAUAUGGUUACGGUCGAAGACCUGGAUGCAGAGAGGCAAAACAUUCGGUCAAACCUGAUCGAUCGAGCUCUGGACAUUCUAAACGAACACCAUGACGUCUCUUUCGAGCUGUCUGACUUGAUCACCUCGGCUAUCAAGAAGCAUAGCGAGCCCGUCAACUUCCGUCGAGACAUUGGAGAGACCCUCGUUCAAUCGCUAGUCUCCCUGCAAAUGGAGAACUUCCAAACAGCGGGCAAAAAGAUUGCGGCUUAUGCACACAUUCUCGCAUUGACCCUUCAAGAUGUUGAUAUGUACCGCGCCACUCUUGAAGAGCUCAAAGAUUGCUUCUCGACCUUCCUUGGGUUUAUCAAGCUCCCAACACCCGAGAAGCCUGACCAAGAAACCUUCCCUUGGGUUGGACAUGUCCUGCUUAUUCUCGAGAAGCUGCUGUCUGAUGAUUGUCAGCCUCCAGAGAUUGCCUGGAAGCUGCCGAACCUUGAUGAUCCUAACCCCGCCGGCGACGAACCAGCCCAUCUUAAAGACGAACCCCUUGUCUCGCUCGAGGAGAAGACUCAGCUAUUUGAAUCUCUUGUCGAGAUCCUACCCCGAGUGGGCAAGGACGAUACACUAGCGCUAUCUAUUUGCCGUGUUCUUGUCAUUCUCACUCGCGAGCGUAGCAUUGCCGCCUGCUUUGGUGAGAAGCGAAACCUUCAGCGUUUGUUUGUGAUGGUUAAGCAACUUUCCAGUGCUACUAAUGAUAAACUUCAAAGCGCCUUCAUGCUCAUCCUUCGUCACAUCGUCGAGGACGAAGCUACUAUCCGGCAGAUCAUGAGGAGUGAAAUUGUUGCCGCUUUCGAGUCCAAGACUGCCCGUCAGAUUGACACGAACGGCUAUGUACGGCAGCUUUAUCACCUCGUGCUGAGAGCUCCUGAUAUCUUUGUGGAGGUUACGAAUGAAAAGCUGCGGUUGGUCCGAUAUGACAACCAUCAACGUCCACAGGUUCUUGGGUUGAAGGCCGACAAAGAUCGGCAGCAAAAGCGAGGAAGACCCAGUAUCCUCCUCGAAGAGCACAAACCAGAACCAUCUACAGCAGCCGAAGCACCUGCCCACGAAGACACGGACAUGAGCAAGGAGGACAUGGGCAAGGAGGACAAGGGCAAGACCCCAAGCAAGGGUGCCGAACUUAAAGCCCCAAUUGUGGAGAACCCGGAUGGUGUCAUUCAUUACCUGCUUUCGGAGCUUCUGUCCUACAAGGAUGUGGACGACAAAGAAGCUGGUCCUGAAUUCCCAGAGCAGGCAGCUGACCAAUCCGAUACUCACACUGAUGUUGAGAUGGCUGUGGACGACCCAACACCUUCAAUUUCGAGCACUACCGAAGCCCAUGCAUCUCGCGGUUCCAAGAAGGCAGAGAAGCCCCAGUUCAAAGCAGAUGACCAUCCAAUUUACAUCUACCGCUGCUUGCUCCUUCAGUGCUUGACAGAACUUCUUUCUUCUUACAACCGGACCAAGGUCGAGUUCAUCAACUUUUCCCGCAAAGCUGAUCCUCUGGCCACUACGCCCUCCAAACCACGCUCUGGCGUCCUGAACUAUCUGUUGAACGUUCUUGUUCCCCUUGGUACUAUGGAUCACGAUGAAAGUUUGGCGUUCAAAAAGCGCAGCAUCACCUCCACAUGGACUAUGCAAGUGCUUGUUGCGCUUUGCACCAAGACCGGUGAAUUUGGCGGUGUUGGCAGGCGUCGUACUGACCCAAAGUAUGAAGAGGAUGAGCCUGAGCUUGCUUUUGUCCGCCGUUUUGUGCUGGAGCAUGCUCUCCGGACCUACAAAGAUGCCAUGGCCUCUACCGAACCCCUAGAUGCCAAGUAUUCAAAGCUCAUGUCUCUUGCUGAUCUCUUCGACAAAAUGCUCAGCGGCUACUCAUUUACCAACGACGCAGGCUUCCCAACUUCAACCAGACAGCUCGCGAAGACCAUGUUCGAAAAGAACUUUAUCCCCGCGCUCACGUCUUCAGUCGCCGAUGUCGACUUGAAUUUCCCGUCCUCCAGGCGUGUCAUUAAGUAUAUUCUUCGUCCGCUGAAUAAACUUACUCAAACUGCUGUACUUCUGAGCGAGAACUCGGACAUCCAUAUCCAAGGUGAUAACGAGGAUGAUGAGAUCUCGUCGGCAACUUCCGUUUCUGACAUGGAAGAUGAACGCGAAGAAACACCUGACCUCUUCCGUCACUCUACUCUUGGCAUGCUAGAGCCUCGUCACGACGAGGAAGAGAGCAGCACCGAAGAAUCGGAGGGUGAGGACGAUGAGAUGUACGAUGAUGAAUAUGACGAAGAAAUGGACUACGACGAGGAUGUCGCUGAAGAUGAUGGAGAAGUCGACGAAUGGGAAAGCGAAGAAAUGACCGAAGACGAAGAGGAGGUCGAGAUGAUGAACCAAUUCGAGGAUGAAAUGGCCGACAUCAGACAAUCCACCCGACACCAAGGUGAGGAUCAACAUCUUGGUGACCUAUUCCGUGCCCUAAAUGGUACAGGUGUUGAUGAUCUCCAUGGAGAUGCCCUAGGUGGUGACAUUCAUGAAGAAAUUCUUGAUGAUCUCGACGAAGAUGUUGAAGACGAAGACGAAAUGGAUGAACUUGACGAGGACAUGGAUGAUUUCGAUGAGGAGCAAGGAUCUUAUGAGGAUAUGGAAGAAGACGAUGAUCUUCUUGAGCCAUGGGGAUGGGAAGGCGAUGAGCCUCCAAUGGCCCGAGGAAAUGCCCAAUCCCGCUUCCGCGGAGGCCCACCACCAGCUUGGGCUACCGUCACUGAAAUCAUGCCGGGUCGCCAAUCCGGCCUUGUUCCUAUCCAGCCUUAUCACCGUGUCCACCGAACCCAAAUACCGUCCCGCGGCAACGACGAUGGCACUAAUCCUCUUCUUGUCCGGACUGACCGCCCAGAUCCUGCCGUUCCACCUCGUGGGGCUGCGGCUGAUCCUUUCGCCGAUUGGGGCCAGUCUAUUGACCCUGCAGGUGGCCGGGUUGUUGCCAUGGAUAGCCCCAUCAGCUUCAUGAAUGCAAUUAUGCAAGCCAUUGGUGGACAGGCGGCGCCAGGUUUCGGCGUUGUCACUCGCCCUGAUGGUAUUCAUGUCCAUGUCGACCGACGGGCAGUCUUGCCUGGUCGUAUCCAGGAUAUGCUUGGAAUUCCUCGAGGCGCGGGCCCUCCAACUCGCACUCGCGGCGACGACCCUCACACUGCUGUCAAGUUUGGCCUUGGUACCACCAGAAACCGCUGGCAAGAAGAGGCGCGCAUUAUCUUCAGCAGCCAGUAUGUUGAGCGGACCCAGCGCGUCAUCAACUCCAUUCUAAGGCUCUUGGUUCCUCCUGCCAUCGAGGAGGAGAAGCAGCGCCAGAAGCUCGCGGAAGAGGAACGCAAACGUCUUCAAGCCGAAAAGGCUGAAAAGGACCGCCAAGAUCGUAUUGCCGCUGAAGAAAAACAGCGCGAGCUCAAGCAAAAGGAGGAGGAAGAAAACGCCCGACUGCAGGCAGAGAAAGAACAACAGGAAGCCGAGCGCCAAGCUGCUGGGGUCGAUGAGCCCAUGGAAGACGUCCAAGAAACCGAUACUACGGUUGAAACCGCUGGCCCAUCUACUCAACCCGAAGCCCAGCCCACUGAACCUACUCGUCGAGUCUAUACAAACAUCAGGGGCCGCCAAGUUGACAUCACCGGUCUAGAGAUUGAUUCAGAAUAUCUAGAGGCUCUGCCUGAGGAACUUCGCGAGGAAGUCAUCAUGCAGCAGCUUGCUGAGCAUCGGUCCCAGGCUGCCGCCGCGGGUGAGGAGGAUACUGAGAUAAACCAAGAAUUCCUUGAGGCCUUGCCUGCCGAGAUCCGUGAAGAAUUGCUACAACAAGAAUUAGCCGAUCGACGCCGGCGGGAACGUGAGACCGCGCGACGACAGGCGGCCACUGCUGGUGGUGCUGGCGCUACAGCUUCUAGCACUCAACCAGCAGAAGAAAUGGAUGCUGUCAGCUUCCUUGCCACUCUCGAUCCCUCUCUGCGCCAGGCUGUUCUGGCCGAUCAGCCCGAGGAUGUUCUCGCAACCUUGGGUCCAGAGUACUUGACUGAAGCCCGUGGUAUGGGCGGUAGCGGCCGACGCAUGGCCCAGUUUGGUGACAUGAGUGCAAUUGAUCACCGACAGAGAACUGAGCCUGCCGCCGGUCAAGAGCCGAAGAAAGAGCAGAGACGUCAAAUUGUUCAAAUGCUCGACAAGGCUGGCGUUGCAACCCUUUUACGCCUGAUGUUCAUGCCUCUGCAAGGCAACGCCCGCCAUCAAUUGAACGAUAUUCUUCACAAUGUUUGUGAGAACCGUCAGAAUCGAAGUGAAGUGAUCAGCGUUCUUCUUUCGAUUUUGCAGGAUGGCAGCGUUGAUUCCACUGCGAUUGAACGCAGCUUUUCUCAUCUUUCCUUGCGUGCAAAGGCACCAGGAGCACAGAAGACACCGCAGUCUAAGCGAACCCUCGCUAUCCAGACUGCUUCGAGCGUCAGCAGUGAAGUGACACCAAUUAUGGUCAUCCAACAAUGUAUCGCUGCACUGUCUUUCCUUUCGCAGUUCAACCCUCACAUUGCUUGGUUCUUCCUGACGGAGCAUGACUCUGCCUCAGCUGGUAAACUCAAGUCAUUGCGCAAGGGCAAAGGCAAAGAAAACCGAGCUAACAAGUUCGCUCUGAAUGCAUUGCUUUCUCUACUUGACCGCAAGUUGAUAAUGGAAAGCCCUAAUUGUAUGGAGCAACUGUCUAGCCUCCUAAGCAGCAUCACACAGCCAUUGACUGUUCUCCUCCGUCGCGAGAAGGAGCGACAGGAAGAUGGCAAGGGCAAGAAGCCCGAGAGAUCUCAAAUCGAAGCAUCUGCAGAUCAACUUGCUGAGGCUGCCGAUUCCAGUAUGGACACAUCCAUGACCGAUGCUCCGCUACCCACUGUGGAAACCCCUGGAGCUCCUGGUCAAGAGACCGCAGAGGGUGAAGAGGCUACUUCAACUGAAGCUAAGGAAUCUGAAGAUUCCAAAAAUCCCGCCGAGGACGAGAAGCGCAAGAAACGAACCAUCGAGCCUCCUAUCGUUCCAGAUCACAACCUCCGACUGGUUGUUCAAAUCCUUGCGGCUCGUGAGUGCAAUGGCAAGAUAUUCCGCGAUACGCUUUCCACCAUCAACAACCUUUCUGCUGUUCCUGGGGCUAGAGACGUGAUCGGUAAUGAAUUGGUUGCUCAAGCACAGGCCCUUAGCGAUACCAUCCUGAGUGAUUUGGGGGAUCUUCUCCCUCAUAUCCACCAGGCCAAGACUGGUACCGACAUGCAAGGUCUUGCUCUGGCUAAGUUCUCCCCAGCUAGCUCCGACCAGGCGAAAUUGCUACGUAUCUUGACCGCACUUGAUUAUCUGUUUGACCAAGCACGAGCAGACAAGUCGAAAGAUGUUGAGGCUGGGUCCGCCCCCAAGGAGGACGUGCUCAAGAAACUCUAUGAAAGCGCCACUUUCGGCCCACUUUGGACCAAGUUGAGUGACUGCUUGACUGUCAUCCGGCAGAAGGAAAAUAUGCUGAACGUGGCUACUAUCCUCCUCCCUCUCAUUGAGGCAUUGAUGGUCGUCUGCAAGAACACCACGCUGAAGGAUCAGCCGCUGUCUCGUGGCAGCCGUGAGUUGUCAGUCAACAGCGCCCAAACUGAUGCUGGUCUCAGCAUGGAAAACAUCUUCUUUAAGUUCACCGAAGAACAUCGCAAGAUUCUCAAUGAGCUCGUUCGCCAGAACCCUCGCCUGAUGAGCGGCACAUUCUCCCUAUUGGUCAAGAACCCCAAGGUCCUGGAAUUCGACAACAAGCGCAACUACUUUACUCGUCGUGUUCACUCCCGCGGUGCCGAGCCUCGCCACCCUCAUCCUCCUCUUCAGCUCUCUGUGCGCAGAGCUGAGGUUUUCCUUGACUCGUUCAAGUCCUUGUACUUCAAGAGCGCAGAUGAGUUGAAGUAUGGCAAAUUGAAUGUACGAUUCCACGGCGAGGAGGGUGUCGACGCUGGUGGUGUCACUAGAGAAUGGUUCCAGGUCCUUGCCCGUGGCAUGUUCAACCCCAACUACGCCUUGUUCAUCCCUGUCGCCGCUGAUCGGACUACCUUCCACCCUAACCGCCUUAGUGGAGUCAACUCAGAGCAUCUCAUGUUCUUCAAAUUCAUUGGGCGGAUCAUCGGUAAGGCCUUGUACGAAGGCCGUGUCCUCGACUGCCACUUCAGCCGAGCAGUCUACAAGAACAUCCUCGGACGAGCCGUGUCCAUCAAGGAUAUGGAAACGCUCGACUUAGACUACUACAAAUCACUUCUUUGGAUGCUUGAGAAUGACAUUACUGAUAUCAUUACCGAGACAUUUGCCAUUGAAACCGAUGCCUUUGGCGAGAAGCAGGUCAUUGACCUGAAGCCCGGUGGCCACGACAUUCCCGUUACCCAGGAGAACAAAGAGGAGUACGUUCAGCGCGUAGUCGAAUAUCGCCUCGUCGAGUCGGUUCGCGAGCAACUGGACAACUUCCUCAAGGGUUUCCAUGAAAUCAUUCCUCCCGAGUUGAUCUCCAUCUUCAACGAGCAAGAGCUGGAACUUUUGAUUUCUGGUCUUCCUGAGAUCGACGUGGACGAGUGGAAGAACAACACCGAGUAUCACAACUACUCCGCGUCCUCAUCGCAGAUUCAGUGGUUCUGGCGUGCCGUCCGCUCAUUCGACAAGGAGGAGCGUGCCAAGCUUUUGCAGUUCGUCACUGGAACCAGUAAGGUUCCUCUCAAUGGCUUCAAGGAGCUUGAGGGUAUGAACGGUGUGAGCAAGUUCAACAUCCAUCGCGACUAUGGCCAUAAAGAUCGCCUCCCCAGCUCGCAUACAUGUUUCAACCAGCUUGAUCUUCCUGAGUAUGAAAGCUACGAAGAUCUCCGUCAGCGCCUUUACACGGCCCCCUACAUCAUGUCGGCCAACUCCAUCAAGCUCUUGACUGGCAACAGUCACCCGGAGCUUGCCAACCUAGUUGCUGACCGGCUCGGUAUUGAGUUGACCAAGAUUAUGGUCCUGCAAUACUCCAAUCAAGAAACCAGUGUCACAAUUGGAGAGAGCGUGCGGGAUGAAGAUGUCUUCAUUCUCCAAUCGACGAAACCCAAUGAUAUCAACGAUGGACUCAUGGAGCUCCUGAUCAUGAUCAACGCUUGCAAGACUGCCUCGGCCCGUCGCAUCACAGCCGUCAUCCCCAACUUCCCUUAUGCCCGUCAAGAUAAGAAGGACAAGAGCCGUGCUCCCAUCACCGCCAAGCUGAUGGCCAACAUGCUCCAGACCGCCGGCUGCAACCACGUCAUCACUAUGGACCUGCACGCCAGCCAAAUUCAGGGCUUCUUCAACGUCCCCGUCGACAACCUGUAUGCCGAGCCCAGCAUGCUCAAGUAUAUCCGUGAGAACCUCGAUGUCAGCAAUUGUGUCAUCGUCAGCCCUGAUGCUGGUGGUGCUAAGCGUGCUACUGCCAUUGCUGACCGCCUGGACUUGCAAUUCGCACUUAUUCACAAGGAACGUGCCCGCCCCAACGAGGUUUCGCGCAUGGUCCUUGUCGGUAAUGUCAAGGACAAGGUCGCUAUCAUCGUCGACGAUAUGGCCGACACCUGCGGCACGCUCGCCAAGGCUGCCGAAACCGUCAUGCAGCACGGUGCCACUGAAGUCAACGCUAUCGUUGUACACGGUAUUCUGUCCGGCAAGGCGAUCGAGAACUUGAACGGUAGCUGCCUCAAGCGCAUUAUCGUCAGCAACACUGUCCCAUUGGGUGACAAGCAAGAGCAGUGCGACAAGAUCCAUACGAUCGAUAUCAGCCCUACAUUGGCAGAGGCAUGCCGUCGUACACACAACGGCGAGUCAGUUAGCUUCUUGUUCUCGCACACCGUGGGAUAAAUCAGAGACAGGAAUGAAUACAUC